AUGGAGCCCACCAUUUACGUGGUGAAACAACCACCAUCACCACCACAACACCAACAACUCAAAUCAUCAAGGUCUACAACCAACCAACAAUUAAUGCAACAACAACAACUGCGUAUGACUCCUUCAACACUGGUGGUCAAAAAGAUUCCGGCUAAAAUAAGAGGAGGGGUGAAAGUUAGUUCUCGGAAACCUUCGGAACCAUCUGAAAAUACUUCAUCAUUCAUACUGGAAAAUUCUCAAAAUUAUCAAACCAAGAGCAUCCCUUCAUUGUUUCCAGCAACGUUAAAACCACGACAAACAUCAGCUCCUAUUCAAUCAACCAGGAGCAUUGGAGAAUCAGAAUUUGGAUCCUUGACAAGCAGAAAAACUAGUACCUCUAAAAUAACGAAUAUUACAAGUUCGAACCAAAGCGGUGAAAAGAAAUCUCACCAUAAUGCCACUGUUGACGUAUCAUUAAAACAUUCGCAAGAAAACUUGUUAGAGAAGAAAUUAGAAUGUUUAUUGAAUGAUGACGAUAUUUAUUCAGCUCGGCAAAGCAUCAGAGAUGCCUAUCUUUUUAAGUCAUACGAAAGAGAUACGUCUAAAUUUGCAAGAAAAAUAUCACUAUCUCAGUUAGGAGUGACGUUAGUAUUCGAAACGAAAGAAAGUUUUUACAACUUUUACAAUCGAUUUAAAACCUCAAAUAGUGGAAGUACUAUCAAUUUUAGUAUGGAUGAAACUGAAUUGGAAGAAUUGAAGAAUCCCGUCUCUGAGUCUAACAUGUCCAACAAUCUUGAACAACAGGAAAUUCAAGAGGCUCAAUUAAGCACGGAUCCAUUCAUUACAGAAGAAGAAAAACUUGAAAUAGUCAAUACAAUGGAAAAAGUAGGGGAACCUUACCUUGUAGAAUUAUUUAAAACAAAAUAUAAAACGAGAGAGUUACUUCAUGCAGGUCAAUCGUUGAGGUGA